GAGCUAGAAUUCAUACACAAGAGUAGAAGCACUGUUGGUUAUAGACAAAAUGUCUUCUCAACCACUCUCUCCCAUCUCAUUGCCACCAACUCUUACCACUUCCUCAUUCCCUUCAUUCCCAUCCGAGAAAGGUUGAAAGACAAGCUAGAGGAGUUUUUCAACUGUCAAUACAAGCGCUUUGUUGAAUUCACCGCUUUAAUCAGCUGGAGGAGAGGUGCAAACAUUGGGUGGCAUAGUGAUGAUAACAGACCCUAUCUGAAACAGCGGCACUUUGCAGUAGUGUGCUAUUUAAAUAAUUAUGGCAAGGAUUUCAAUGGUGGACUCUUUUGUUUCCAGGAUGGCCAGCCAAUGUCAAUUAUGCCAAUGGCUGAACUGAAGAUUCAAAUUCCUCCCUUACCACCAGAAGGUGAGAGGGUGUUCAAAGGGUGUGUAUCUGCCAGCGAGUUGGAACUGAUGGAACUCUUUGAGGACUACACAUGCAUGAUUUUCCAUUGUCCUAACCCAAGGAACACUCACAUAUUCGAUAACUGCAUCAUUCAGAGUACCCCUUCUGUCUCACCCAAGCUAGAUGCUUCUACUUGGUAUCCUUCUCACUCCUUUCUCACUGUCUGCUUUAUCUGUAACAAGAAUCUUGGGCAUGGUAAAGACAUCUACAUGUACAGGGGUGAGAGAGCAUUUUGCAACAAUGAAUGCUGUUACCAGGGGAUGCUGAUGGAGGAAGAGAUCAACAAAUUGGAAGCUGAAGAGGCUGUUUAUGGGACUUAGUUCCUCUCACCAAGUCUCAAGUCUCAACCAUUAAUAAUAAUCAACUUCCUCUUCCAUUUUCAGUUUUAAUUUCUAGGUUUAAACUAUAUAUAUAGAAAUUGUAUCUGUAGAAAAUAGAGUUGGGGGUUUGAAUUAAAAGGUUAAGCUAGAGGAGAUUUUUGUUGAAAUCAUGAAUUAGGGGAUUUCUUGGCUUGCCACAAUUUUUUUCCUUCAAUUCAAAUAUGGUAGUGAUGAUUAUUGUGUUAUACUCUUAUCUAUAGCUUCACCUUACACUCUAGUCUCUACUGUCUUUGUUUAUAAAGUAUUUUACACUCUACAGUAAUAAUAAUACCAAUAAUAAUAAGGUGAAUAAUACUAUAAAAGAAUUAGAAUUCUAUAUUAACAAGGACAUGUGUUGGUAUAAAUUUUGAAAUAGGAUGUAGUUUGAGUUAAACAUUUCUCAUUUAUGUAGUAGCAUAUAGUUAGAUAUUUAUGUAAAAACUGUCUACAAUAACAUUGUAUAAAUUAAAGUGAAAGAAUACUGUCAUCGCUUGAGAAUAUAGAACACUUGAUGUAAGCUUUACGAGGGAACAGCUUACUGACUUUAUUCAAUGGAAUGAUUCUGUGCCAUUUUCUAAAUUAAUAUACCUUUUUUUAUCUUUUAACAGGAUGUUCGUGAUUGUCGUAUUUUCAGGUAUAAAAGAGUAAAUCUUGAAAGGCAAGCGGUGAAGCUGAAUAGAGUGAAGCUUGAGGCAUGCUUAACAUAUCCUUUGUGCAAUAAUUGUUCAACAAUGCCACCACCAUUUCUGAAUGCUUACACACUUGGAAUGCAUAGAUAAGAAGCUAAUAGAUGAGCAAUUAAAGCAUUGUCCAGUAUGUAAUGCUGACUUGGUUUGUUCUCCACUUGAUAAAUUAAGGGAAAAAUAGUUGAAGUUGGAAGAGCUCAUUUUGAGACAAAGUCAACACGGUUUACCAUUUUGAAUGCACCUGAGUAUCUAUAUUGCUGGAAAGAGAAACACUAGCCAGCACUAGCAGUAAAGUAAGCCUAGUCCCACAUAGUGGGUUGGUUUUUGAUUACAUAGAUCAAAUGAAUAUUAUGGGUCAUAUGCAUGUUUAUACCAUUUUUUAAUUUGAAAUCUCUUUAUAAUUUUUCC